CCACAGCUCUUUUUUCCUUCCAACGUUCCCACCUGUAGCUCCCGUUUCCCUUGGUGCCCAGAGCAGGUCCCCCAAAUCCCUCCCCAGAUCCUCAGGCAGACCUGCACUAGAGGGGGACCCCAUCCCCAUGGCCCUAGCCCUCGAGUGGCCUGGUUUCCGCCAGAGGUAGGCUGCAGCCACAGGGCGCGGUGUGGUUGCCUCUUAAAGCCCUGGUUUCUUGGAGGGUGGCCGGCCGACCGAGAGAUCCAGGCCUUCAGAAUUUCCCGGCCGGGACCUGAGGUUCUCGUACCCUAGAGUAGGCUCAGAGCAGAGGAUGAAAUCCUGGGGACAUUCUCUGUGACUUCGCUCCUCUGAUUAGCACCUGCCUGUCACAAUGAGGAGAGCGAGGCUCAGAGAGGAUAAGAGACUUAUUCGCGGUCACACAGACACCAGGGAUCAACCUCGCGGCCCCUGAGGCUCCGGGCACUGCUCCCGCGGGUAGAUUUCACGGCCACCGAGUCAGCCUGGCCCAGCAGAAUCUCCCACCUUCCUCAGCUUGCCGUGUGAACUCAUCAGAAUAUUCCAUCCACAGAGAGCAGGGAAACCCAGGCCCUACCCCACUCCUAGACAGUUGGGGUCACAGGCAUGCACCCACGUACACGUGCACAGGCACGACCUUAGGGAAGGGAAGCCACGUGAGGGCAGGCGCCCAGGCGGAAGCAGCUUGGACUUCACCUUCCGGAGCAGGUGGAGUUCUGGAAGGCCCUUUGUGAAUCAGCCUGCUUUAAGCUGAUUCCCUUCAGUGAGUAUGUCCCUACUAGGCGUUUGGAGGUUGGAGGGGAAACGCCCUGCCCGUCGGUUCUUCCUUUAUUUUUGCUGAGUUGUUCCUCGAGCCAACCAAAGACUAGAGGUCCCCGGGGCACCACUUGCACGGACCCCCAGCGACGAACCUGGUUUAAAAGAAGACUCCUUCUGGCACAUCGACAAUUACAUCUGUGCUGUGCUUUGUGUAUUUCAUGAGUUUUUUUUUUCUUAAGGUGGGAGCCAACAGUGUUUCAACUUGGAGGGAUGGGCCAGUGGGAGGGCAGUUGGUUAGGAAGGGGAGAGACCACGGUUGGCGGUGGUCCCUGGCCGAGCGACCCCGGCAAGGCGGUGGUCAGUCUUGCUCUGAAGCGAAGCGGUCGCUGGGUUCAGUGACCACCACGCCUAUGGCUGCAGCCACUGGCAGGACAGGGAGCGAAAACUGCAACCCUAGAGGGGACUCUCGCUGUCACCUUAGCUGCUGGCCCCAAGUGGGCGCGGGUGGAGAGUUCCAUCAGGCUACUAAGCUGCCCUAAGGUCUCGAAAGAACAAUGCACUGGAGGAAAUCCUUUCUGGCUGAUUCGGUCCCUAUGAAGACUGUCUUGUGCCCACAGCUACCAUAUUUUGCAAAUCCGCAAUCAGGUGUUGACUUAAGCAAAGCCCUAUGGAGACAGAGAGACAGAGGGAGCUCUGGGGUAUCUGGGGACUGGACUCCCAUCAGGUCGCAGCCAAGGUCAGAGACGGCCAUGUAAAGAGCAAGCCAAGUGGAUAAAGGAGCUGCCAGACGCUCAUUGUGACUCCCCUGCCAUGUGCCUCAUUGUGACCCAACAGCCUCACCAGCUGCCUGGGGUCCUGCAGUCAAUACCAAGAAGCUCCCCAGGGUGCCAACGACUUACUGCUCCUGCUGCUGGGUCUCGUCAUUCUUGUCAACAUUGGGAUCAACGUGGUAACUGCGAUGAAAUCUUCCAGGCUUCCGAAGGUUCCCCCAAAGACGCCCCGGCCAAGACCCAAGACGUUCACAUCCACUGUGCCCUGGACCCUGUAGAAGUGAAGAUGGCCCGGCCCACCUGCCAUCGCUCUUCCUCCUACCGCUGUCUCCGCAGCCCCCGCUGCAGCUGUCGCCGCCACCGCCGCUGCAGCCACCGCCGUGGCCGGCACCCCAGCCACCACCGCCCCUGCAGCCACCAGUGGGGACUGAGGAACCAUAGGCAUUUUCCCCCCAACCGCUCCGUCUUCCACAGUCACUGUCACAGCCCCAAGAUGUCACAGCUGCGGCCAGUGCCCUCCUUUGAUGAGGACAACCUAGACUCCUGUCUGGAGGAGGAUGACCUAUCCUUCCCGCACCCCAAGUACCCAUGGCGGGGCUGGAGAGGGCUCUACCAGCCGGUGGGCCUGCCCUCCAACUUGGGGCUGUGGGGCCGCCAGGGUGGGAUCCUGGCCAGCCUGCCACCACCUUCUCUGUACCUGUCACCUGAGCCGCGCCGCAUGCCCAAGCGCGUGGAGGCCAAGUCGGAGCUGAGGCUGCAGUCCUAUGGGCCCCACUGCCCCCAGUCCCGAAUCUGGGGCAAUCUGGAGGCUGAGCAGCGGACCCCGUCUCCACCACCCGUCCGCCGGCUGCCCCCCGACCCCCCCCGGGUCCCCGCGGGACACAGCCCUUACCCCUCAGGGGCCCAGCUACUCCAUGACUCCCGGAAUCAGCGGUGGCGUGGUCUGGAGGGCUCCGGACCCCCCUGUGCCCUGGUGCCCCGGGGGUCCCGGCCCGAGGCCCGGGAGCCCUGCUGCCCCCAGGCCCACUGGCAGAGCCUCCCUGGCCACGCUCACAGCCAGUCCAACCGCAGCCCCCACCCAUCCACGGGGCACUUGGGCUACGGCGCCCGGGACCCCCACGAGGUUCGGCGCCGGAGGGGCGAAUGCACCGAGGCAACGCCCGCCCGGCACCCUCUGACCACCGCAUCCCUCACCGUGCUGGGCGAGACCUCCCACCGACGGGCCCCGGCUCCCGGCUCAGCCCUGCUGCCCCGCUCCUCCCAGCCCCUGCCCGAAGUCCAGGCUCCGGAGCCGCCCCCAGCCCAGCCCACCUUCAGGCCACUCAGCCGGACCCCGGGGGCCAAUGGCAGCUACCAGGUAUACGACAGCCUGGAGCUGAAGCGGCAGGUCCAGGAGAGCAGAGCGCGGGCCAGCUCCCUGCCGCCCCCCCGCACCUCGGCCUCCAGGCCCUCCCUGCACAGGAGCCGGAACGGGAAACUCCACUGACCGGCGGGGAACACGGGUGGUGGGGGGGCGUGGAGAGAGGAAUAAAGAGCAACAAAGU